AUGGACGCGCUGUCGAUUCUGGCCGCGGCGGCGCUCAGGCUGCGCUGGGCCUGGGGUCGCCCGGACGUCUGGCUGAGGAGGCCGCGGAUGGACGUGGCGGGCAAGCACGUGGUCGUCACCGGCGGCUCCCAGGGCCUCGGCAGGGCCCUCGCCCUGCUGUGCGUCCAGAAGGGCGCCCGCGUGACCGUCGUCGCCAGGACGGCCGCCAAGCUCAAGGAGGCGUGCGCGGACAUCGCAAGCGCUGGCGAGGGCUUCGGGGACCGCGUCCAGCACGCUGUCUUGGACGUCAGCACCGCCUCGUGUGAGCAGGUGGCGGAGAUGCUCCGGCAGGCAUCGCGGACAUUCGGCCGCGUGGACGUCUUCGUGGCCAACGCGGGGACCGGGAAUGGGAUGCUCCUGUUUGGUGUGCCGCUCAGCGAGGUCCAGGCCACCCUGGAGAACCAGGUCUCGGUCAACCUGGUCGGGGGGCUCCGCUGCGUCAUCGCCGCGGCCCAGCUCAUGGCCUCGGACGGGCAGGGUGGCCGCGUCAGCAUCGUGUCUUCCGUUGCCGGCCUGGCCACGUGCCCCGGCUAUUCCAUUUACUCUGCAACCAAAUUCGGGCACCGCGGCUUCCUGGCGGGAGCCUACGAGGAGUUCCGAAGGCAUGGGGUCCACCUGUCCGUGUUCUACCCUGGCAGCAUUAGAACUCCAGGCUUCGCGUCCGAGCAGGAGAACAUGCCGCUGGUCACGCAGAAGAUCGAGGCGCAGUGCUCGGACAUCUCCAGCCGUCGGGUCCUGCGCGGGCGUGCUGCUUCGGGGCAUCGAGGGCGGGGCCCGCGAAAUUACCAAUGA